CUGUCUUACCACAUGUAAGUGGAGAAGAGAGCGCGUGUUUUCGCGUCAGUCGGUGGAAAGUGCUACACAAGUGUCGUACACUACUCGGUUGUCUGUGGACUGGUCGCACCAGGAGACUUCUUAAUGAUUUUUCAAACGUGUUUUGGUUCGAUACAGUGGCACCGCAACCAUUACUAUUCUAUAGUCUGUUCAGAAAACUGCAGGUUUGAUUACGACAAAGGACAAAGUUUGUGACCUGAGUUCCUGUCACAAGUUCACAACGGCGAAAGUCAGCGGGUAAAUAAUUGCACCAACAAAGUAGUAAAAUUUACUAAUAGAACGUUUGUGCGGUGAAAAGUGCGAAGUGGAACAGCGGAAAGGUGAAGCAAGUAAAAAGAUAGCGGGUAAUUUUCCAGCUGGCGCAUCCCAAAUUACGAAAAAAAAGGGAGCUUGUUUUAGUGCUGUUGAAUAAUUUAAAUAAAAUUGCAAAAGUUUUAUCGCUUUUGCGCGACGACCGAGGGUCGAGAGUCUCCUAUGUGACAUAGACGCCAAAUUAAAGCAGAGACAAUGUUCGGUAGAGUGUUAGUUCUGGUAUUAUUGGUUGCCCUAAACUUUGUCUUCCGUUUGGGAUUCACAGCAGCUCAAAAACGCAACAUUGCUGAUAUUGAACUGGACGAGGAGCAUGAUACCGUUUCACUACAGGCGUGCUAUGUGGAGGACUUACGGAACAUCAGAGAGUACAGUCAAAAUCCGCUUUCAGUAAUUAUCAGUCACUGCUUUUUGCAAGAACUACCGAACGCUAUUUUCAUUCGGUUUUCCGAUCUCAAAACGCUUGAAAUAUGUGAUAGCAGAUUGAACAAUCUGCAGGAUUUUGCCCUUAAUGGUCUUAGAAGUCUCGAAGUUCUCAAUUUCGCCAGGAAUAAUCUAACAGCUGUGAAAUCAUGGAGCGACCAUAAUUUGUACUCGCUCCUUAGUCUGGAUCUCAGACGAAAUCAGUUGAAAACUAUCAAUACUCAAUCCUUCAAACGUUUUCCGAAUCUAACGAAAUUGAAUCUUGCUGGAAAUCUAAUAUCCGAAAUUCCAGAAGGAACUUUGCAAGUAGUUCCCCACCUCAAAUGUGUGAAUCUCGCUCGCAAUCUUCUCACAUCCAUAGAAGAAACCACACUGAAGGGUCUUACUAAGCUUACCCAUGCAUUCUUCAAUCAUAAUCAAAUUACAUAUAUUGACUUUUUCGCCUUUAUCGGAAAUAGUCACUUGAAGUCACUUCAAUUACAAGAAAACCAAAUCAGCAUUUUCGAAACCGAUCUACUCUCCAAUCUACCGCGCUUAGCGUUCCUCAACAUAAGUCACAAUCUUUUGGAAAAGGUUACAGAAAACACUUUCAAACGUAGUGCAGAUCUGCGCUUGCUGGACCUCAGCUAUAACAAGAUCGAAAACUUCCACGAGGACAGUCUCAAGGGUCUUUCAAGUCUAGAGGUCUUCAACGCAAGUCAUAACCAGCUCAGCCAGUUAAAUAAAUAUAUGUUCAAAGAUUUCUCCGCUGUUCAAGUGCUUGUUCUUGCCGGCAAUCAACUGACUUACGUGGAAAACAAACUGUUCGAGUAUACUCCCCAUAUCGAGAUACUGAACCUGUCCAGCAAUGCAAUCGCGGAUAUCGAACCGAACAUUUUCGAAGACGUUAACCGGCUGCAUUCGUUGGAUCUCUCCCACAACCAGCUAGCAGAGGAUGCCUUUCUGGGGCCAAUUUCCAACCUGCAGUGUUUAAAUUUAAGUCACAAUCUGUUCCAACGGAUGAACGUAUCCCAGCUGGCAACGGUGGAACACGUGGAAUUGUACGAGAAUCCGUGGAAGUGUCAGUUUUUGAUUCUGGAACUGAUGAAGCUGAACAGAAAUGUGCACUACGCUAAAAACUAUGAGGUCCACUCGACGGAUAGUAUACUGAACACCCGCGGAAUCGAGUGCACCGAUGAACGGGGAAAGUUGCGGGAUAUUGUUUUGGUGGAAAAUGCUGCCAGUCCGGAUUACAACUCGUUGGAAUACCACCGGUACCGGCUGUUCCACGAAGCCCACAUCGACACCCGUCCGAUCCAGGAUAACUUCGACACCAAGUCCACCAUCCUGUGGUUAAUGUCCGGAGCGUUCGUGGUAUUCGGUGCUUUCAAACUGAUCCAGCUGAUCCUGCGUCACUCAGAGCACCAGAGCGAAAAGUGGCGCCUAGCCCAGCACGUGAGUAGACAGCAGUCGGGCAAUGUAAUUAUGUAUUCUUCGAAAACACCCACUGCCUCAGUACCGGCAGUCAACUCGGCCGGAUUUAUAUUCCCGUGCACCCAUCCGCCCGGCAUGCGCCAGUACACCCCGUCGAUAAGCUAAUCAACAGAUCAGACCCGCCACUAAAACGGACCUAAACCAACCCCGGCUUUUGGCGAGUGGAGUAUUUACCUAGUAGAAAUAGAAGAACGCUUUUCCUGGAAUCAAUGUCGUUUCGUCCGUUCCGAGUCUGUUGAUGUUAUUUAUUUUAACUCCCGAUAAAACUUUGUUCGUUUCAUUUUUGUUUCGUUUCAUUUUUCCAUCGCUUCGAUAGCAGCUAAUCCGAAAUCGAUGCAAGUGUACUGUUUCAUUUCCCUAAUGAGUGUUUUUGUUCGUCCCACCUUCCGUAUUUGUAUGUUUGUGGAAAGAUGCAGGUUAGUGUUUUCGGGUAAGGUAAGAAAUAAUCGAGAAUGAAGCCCAAGAAAAAAAAUAGUUUAUCCGCUUUUUCUUUCGAAGUCCGCGAACUGCGCUCGCAGAAGAAAUAGUAGUUUAUGCAGACACACACAUCCGCUAACAUUGUUCGGUGCUAGUUCAGUUUACGAGGAGCGAUAAAAAGAAAGUUUUUCUCCCAAGAAACUUAUUGUUGGAAUUUAAUUACUACUAAUAGAGCUCCGUCCCGUCAGCAAAUACCGUCUAGUUGUUAAGAAGAUUUGAACUGAACUUCAAACUGAGGGUGGCGAAAAACAGAUUCUUAUUUUUGAAACAUUUAGAAGGGAUGCCGACAUUAUGUUUUUCUUUCUCUUAUUUUAAGCCAGCAUAGAAACCGAGAAAAUCAGUUUUUCACUCCGAUGAAAAAAUCAAUCAGCAGCACCGAAACUAUAAAUCAUUCUGAUUGAAAGUCUCAAGAAGUUCAACAGAGUGUGGGGAAACUGCUUUUUCCGAUUGCGAAUUACGUAUUAUUUGCAGUUCAGAAAUUUACUCAAAUUUGCAACCGAGUUGAAAACUUCACUCUUAAGAAGUUAUUAGGUUGUCUGCAUAAUUCGACGUCCAUGUCUUAAGACCGUAUGAAAUUGCAUCUGCAGGCUACAGUACCCUUAUCUCGCAAUAUUUACUCACUUGACGCAAGUGCUCUAAUAACCCUCGACAACCUACAUUUCCUACUUCAUUUACUUAUGUCAAUAGUCUUGAGAAAUUCCAACCGAGCUCAAACCCAGCAGGUUAAAUGUGGAAUACCGUCGUUGAUCCUUGACAGAAAGUAACUCCUUCCUCGCUCCGAUGCCAUUUGAGCCUUCACUUUCUAUCUUCAUUCUUAAUCUAUCCGAGUGCUAUUCGAUACGAUGAUGUGAGAAAGCACCUAUCACAUCACAAAGGACGAAUAAUACAUACCGUGUUUGCUUCUGCCAGUCGAAUAAAAAAAACAAGAGAGCCUCAACUUUAAAAGGUAAAUGUAAACAUUGCAACAUUGUAACCAUUUCCGGAAAGAUAGGUCUUCCGAGGGCAACUCAGGGUAACAUAAUUUGCCAAGCUCACCCCUAUUACGGGAAACUUUUGCCAGCUGAGAUGAGAUUUUCAGGAUAAUGGCAUGUCAGGCUGCAGACCUCGUUAUUUGUAUGUUGAACACACACAGAAUCUGUAUUGUAUAAAUAUGGUCAUAUAUAUGUAGUGGAAUCCUCUGUUUAACCGAUGCUCUAGGAACUCCUUACAAGGGUGAGCUAAACGAUGCAUGCAGCACCCGUUUCGAAGCGAAGAAAAGUUUUCCGCUUUUUAAUUUUGAUUUAUUUUUUUACUACCAGAUGGAACGAUUCCGAUGGGACGCAAGAUACGGGAAAAACGGCAGACUCGUAUACGGCUGAUUAGUGUGGGUUGAUUCUGAAAGCUAUACCGUCUACAACGACGUUAAAUACCAACAGACAAUAGUGGGACGAAGAAACGCUCUGGCUCGUUCGGUUCGCGGCAUGCCAAAUAGGAAGCACGUGCACGUUACACACAAAUUGUCGGGAUAAGUUAUCCACAGACGAUAAGACGAACUGAUCAACAAGAAACAGAACGAAUAACUUUCGGAAUUCUCAUCAGAAGUUUACUAACUAUACGGAAUUCCAAUAAACAGGGUUCAGUGUUGCAUUUCGAAUGAGCAUAUUGAAAAAAAAAUCGUAAUCAAUAGUGAAUUGUACACACGUUAGGCAACAUUUUUCAAAGUUUCUGCAGUUAACGUAUUUAUUUGUUUUAUAACAUUUUUCGCUAGUCGAUUUAUAUCCUAUGCUAAAUAUUUAAAUAGUUCGGCCCAAAUCAUUAACCGUUAUGCGUCCGACAGGGUACCUGGGUAGCUUUUCAGAUUUCAAUCCAUAAAAUUUCAGUGUUCUUCCCCAUUGUAUAUUUAUACUCAUGGGAAUACAUUUUGACACAUCUACAUCUUAAAACAAGGAGUUCAGAUCGUAGACAAAAAA